AUGGCGGACAAUAGCCCCCAGCCUCCCUGCGAGGCGUCCCUGGCUCAAAGACUGCGUUCACGAAAGUUCAUCGGCCAAGAAGCCGUCGACGCCAUCCAUGGGCGAAAGCUUCCUUUCCAUCUGGGAAGACCCUUGGUGCAAUAUUGCAUUGUUCGCGGUAUUCGACAUCACCUCGACUUUGCCCAGGGUGAGGCCAAUACAUUAAAGGGACUUUUGCCCAUCUUCACAAAAGCCAUCAACGCCAGACUCAUCAUGAGCAACCAAGUACCUGAUAUGCAGACGUCAGAAGACAUGCCAUACUGCAUUUGGCACCCAGAUGUACCCUCGGAGGAUACUCUGCGCAAGCUUGCCGAGCGAUAUCCCGAUUUUCAGUACCAGGUGGGAAGGGCGUGUGCCAUUGCUGGCUAUGCAGACCUCUACAAGUCUUUGCAGAUUCUUCCCGAAGCGGCCAUUGCGGAGGAGGCACGAGAAUCUGGCAACCUGGAAAUACAUGAGUCAAUAGUCAAAGAGGUCGUCAAAUGGAAAGUAUUCGACGACUAUACCGGCACAAUACUGGUGCCCACUCCAUCUCGUCUCAAUGCGGACACGGUAGUUUACAAGAGACUACACGCUUUCAGACAGGGCUUUAGAACGCCAGUGGGAAGAAUUGAAGGCGAAGAGGGCGAUCCCGAGCCUGAUGAUGAGCCCGACUCGGAUGACGAACCCUAA